UUAGGCAAGAGGAUAACGACUCAUCGUUAUUCAACAUUGGCAGUUAACUGCUACACGCCCCCCAAAUUUCAAUUCUCCCAUCAUCAAAACUGCAGAUCCUUUUCUUCUUCGCUAAUUUCUCAUUUUCUACGUUUCCUAUCAAAUCCAUGGUAAAACUAGUCAAACAAUCGCGAUGAACUAGUAUUAGAAUUUUGGGGUUAGGUUCUCCACAAUUACUGUUGGAUCAUCUCUGCAAUUAUGACGAUUCUGCUGAAGAAGAGAGUUCACUUCCUGCUGUUUGUUAUUGGCGUCAUUGCUCUCAGCAUCACUGCUGAAAAAUGUAGGCAGUGGGUUGGUAAAGAAGCUGCAUCAAAAAGUGGGCAGUUUACUUUCUUAAAUUGUUUUGAUGGAAGUUCUGGAACCCUAGCAUGUGCAGUUAAAGAGUGUGUAAAACUUUAUUUCUAUAAUAUCCGGUCUCAUCAUGUGGAAAAUAGAAGGAAUGAAGCAAUUGAGGCUGCUCUGGCUGAUGCAGUUGCACAAGGCAUGGCUGCAAAAGAUGCGGCUAAAGUAGCCCAGAAAGAAGGAGCAAAGGCAGCAAAACUGGCAACAAGAAAAGCUAAGCGUAUUAUUGGCCCAAUAAUAUCUUCUGGAUGGGAUUUUUUUGAAGCAGUGUACUAUGGGGGUACAGUAACAGAGGGUUUCCUUCGAGGCACAGGUACCUUGUUUGGCACAUAUUAUUUUGGUUUUAUUGGAGAGGAAAGGUUUGGGAGGUUCGGUUACUUAGUUGGAAGUCAUCUGGGCAGUUGGGUGGGUGGAAGGAUUGGGCUGAUGGUGUAUGAUGUGGUCAAUGGAAUUCAUUACAUGAUGCAGUUCCAACAGGCAGAUACCCAAGGUUAUGAAGAUUCUUCAAAUGAUAAAUUUUUUCAGCCUGAUGAUGGAAAAUCCAUUGAGGCCGAAGAUUCCUAUCUGCAAGGAUCAACAUUCGGUGGUGUCUCCGAUGAGCCUAAUAAUAUUGAGACUCCAGCUGAUGAGCCCAGUAACAAUGAGUCCCCUGUGGAUGAGAACUUUGAUUCUACACAGAGUUCUAGUUCCGAGGAGUACAACAACUCUGAGACCCCUGAAGAUAUGAGCUUUGAUGCCCAUGAAGAAUUAUAAUCAGUUGCAGAUGUGGUAGCAAUGUUGAUUGAAGAUAAAGACUACAGAAAAAAAGGUCUUAAUCAGUGUGGACAUAUCAGGUAUGCUCAUGUCUUUUCUUGUGGUUAGCACGCAUUUAUCGUGAGCCGGCCAUGGGCUUGACUUAAUCCACGGCCAGCCAAAAUGGGACAGACAGAUAGGCCCCAAGAUGAUGGUCUCUUAUAGAUUUCUCACAAUAAUACAUCACCAGUAACAGUGUACUUGCAAUUUCCUCAUAGCAUAAAAAAUCUUGCUUAAAUCUGCUGUUGUUGAACAACUGUACAUGUUGUUUUGUUGAAAAUGGUGGGUUCAACUGU